GCAAAGUAACCAUCACAGAAGUGUAUCUUAAUCAAACGCCUUACUCAAAUGCCUUCCAUAAAUUUAUUUGAAGAUUCCUUUCCCGGGUUGGCGUCUCAUGGACCAACUCGUUCGGCUUCAAAAACUCUCUUUACCAUCUUUUGCCUUCUCAUCCUCCAUUACUUGCUGUUCAAGAAACGUUAUGUCCGGUUGCUUAGGAACUUGCCGGUUCUCCGCAUGCUCCCCGGUCUGCUCAUGACGCUCCACCGGGUACAUGACUUCACCGUCAAGAUUCUUGAAUUCUCCGGCAUGACCUUUCUUUUCAAGGGACCGCCGUUCGCUGGCAUGGAUAUGCUGCUCACGGCUGAUCCAGACAACAUUCAUCAUAUAAUGAGCUCAAACUUCUCAAACUACAUCAAAGGACCGGGUUUGCAAGAGAUUUUCGAUGUGUACGGAGACGGGAUAUUCACCACUGAUUCAGAGAUGUGGAAGAACCUGAGAAAGUCUAGUCAAGCCAUGCUCCAUCACCAAGAGUUUCAAAGGUUUUCAGUGAGUACCAUGACGAGUAAACUCAAGUGUGGGCUUGUUCCUCUUCUCAAUCAUUUUGCUGAGGAAGGAACAGCUGUGGACUUGCAAGAUGUGUUAGGAAGACUCACUUUCGAUACAACGUUAAUCCUUAUAACCGGUUCUGAUCCUAGAAGUCUCUCUAUUGAGAUGCAUGAGGAUGAAUUAGCUAAGGCUCUCGACGAUACUGGAAAAGGGAUUUUGAGUAGGCAUGUUAAGCCUAGGUUCUUGUGGAAGAUGCAGAACUGGAUGGGGUUGGGACAAGAGAAGAAGAUGAGUCAAGCUAACGCAACUUUUGACCGUGUGUGCUCCAAAUACAUAUCAGCCAAGAGAGAAGAGAUAAUCAGAUCACAAGGGCUUCUUGAUAUGACCAAUGGAGAAGGUGAGGAUCUCUUAACUUCCUUCAUGAAGCUGGAUACAACAAAGUACAAGCUCUUGAAUCCGAGUGAUGAUAAGUUCCUUAGAGACACUAUCUUAACCUUCAUUAUAGCGGGGAGAGACACAAUCGCCUUCACUCUCUCUUGGUUCUUCUGGCUUCUCUCUGAAAAUCCACAAGUGGUAGCCAAGAUUCGUCAAGAGAUCAUACACACUGAUCUACCAAGAACAGGGAAUGGCCAAGAGAAUCUGGACAAGUUGGUGUAUUUACAAGGUGCCUUGUUUGAAGCAAUGAGACUCUAUCCACCAGUUUCCUUCGGGCGCAAGUCUCCUGUCAAAUCAGAUGUGCUUCCAAGUGGGCAUAAGGUCGAUGCGAACUCUAAGAUUAUUAUAUGUCUUUAUGCGCUGGGGAGGAUGAGAGCGGUUUGGGGGAAAGACGCAUUCAAAUUCAAGCCAGAGAGAUGGAUUACUGAGAAUGGAGGUCUAAGACAUGAGCCUUCCUCCAAGUUUAUAGCGUUUAACUCUGGUCCAAGAACUUGUCUAGGUAAGCAUUUAGCUAUCACUCAGAUGAAGAUGGUGGUCGUGGAGAUAUUACAAAAGUAUGACGUUGAGGUUAUCAAAGGGCAGAAGAUUGAGCCAGUUCUUGGUUUUAUGUUGUCGAUGAAGCAUGGACUUAAAGUCAAAGUUGCUAAGAGAUGUUCAACUUGAAUUAAUGAUGUAAGAGUUAAAUCACUGCUAAUGUGUUGCAAUAUAUUAUAAAUAACGCUUUACAAUCUUAUGAUUGAUAAACUGAUUCUUGAUGUAUGAGUGUGUUUGUUGGUUUCUUUCUUUUGACUUCCUUGUAGUGUCUGAAUAA